AUGUCCGCCCCCCUCUCCGGCCGCGAAUCCCCUCCCCCCGAGACCCAAUCCGGCGCUCAAGGCGGCGACCCCCCGGGCAAGGGCCACCUCAACGCGACGCCCGUGCACGCGCGGACGCCGCAGCCGCCUGAGCUGGAGAGUAACCCCAAGCAUGUGUUGGAGGAUAUCCAGGCGAAGAAGCUUGUCCCAGACAGCUUCCAAACAGCUCAGCUGUGA